AGCACCGUCGCUCUUUUACGGUGUCAUGUCUGCUUAGAAUGAUAGCGAAGUAAAAUAUGUGUAAUAAUAUAGGCCGUCUGAUCUUAAACAACGAUAAAAACUAAUAUUUUAGCCGCAGGACAACAGCUUCUAGUCGGUGCAGCCCCGCUGUUGCGGACGAGUGCAUCAUGUCGGCUUCAGCUAUCUACAUACUGGACUUGAAGGGCAAGGUGCUCAUAUCCCGAAACUACCGGGGUGACAUUGACUUAACCUCGAUCGACAAGUUCAUGACACUUCUGAUGGAGAAGGAAGAAGAAGGCUGUGUCACUCCCAUUCUUCGUCACGGAGAGGUGGCCUUCAUGUACAUCAAACACAACAAUCUUUACUUGGUGGCAACAUCAAAGAAGAACGCCAAUGUGGCUCUUAUCUUUGCUUUCAUGCACAAGAUAGUGACGGUGUUCAGCGAAUACUUCAAAGAACUGGAAGAAGAAAGCAUCCGGGACAAUUUUGUCAUCAUCUACGAGCUGCUGGACGAACUCAUGGACUUCGGCUAUCCGCAAACUACGGAUAGCAAGAUACUCCAAGAGUACAUCACACAAGAAAGCCACAAAAUGGAGAUCCAACCCAAGCUACCCAUGGCAGUGACCAACGCCGUCUCCUGGCGCUCUGAGGGGAUCAAGUACAGGAAGAACGAAGUGUUCCUCGACGUUAUAGAAUCAGUCAACCUCCUUGCGAACUCCAAUGGCAAUGUCUUACGCAGCGAAAUUGUGGGUUGCAUCAAGAUGAGGGUUUAUCUAUCUGGAAUGCCAGAGCUCCGCUUGGGUCUCAACGACAAGGUGCUCUUUGAGAGCACCGGACGUGGCAAAAGCAAGUCCGUGGAACUAGAAGACGUCAAGUUCCACCAGUGUGUGCGGCUGUCGAGGUUCGAAAACGACCGGACGAUCUCGUUUAUUCCGCCGGACGGAGAGUUUGAGCUCAUGUCGUACAGGCUCAACACUCACGUGAAACCACUCAUCUGGAUUGAAUCUGUCAUUGAACGCCACGCUCACAGUCGAGUGGAAUACAUGGUCAAGGCAAAGAGCCAGUUCAAGCGACGCUCGACCGCAAACAACGUGGAGGUCGUUAUACCAGUACCCACGGACGCUGACACGCCCAAGUUCAAGACGACCGUCGGCAACGUCAAGUACGCCCCCGAGCAGAGUGCAGUCAUCUGGAGUAUCAAAUCGUUCCCUGGAGGCAAGGAGUACCUCAUGAGGGCACACUUUGGCCUGCCAAGUGUCGAGAGUGAGGAGACAGAGGGACGCGCACCAAUACAGGUCAAGUUCGAGAUCCCAUAUUUCACGACGUCAGGCAUACAGGUCCGCUACCUGAAGAUAAUCGAAAAGAGCGGCUACCAGGCGCUGCCCUGGGUGCGGUACAUCACUCAGAACGGCGACUACCAGCUGAGGACAAACUGAGCAGACAAACAUUCCAUUUGUAUCUUACUCUGCCACCCCCCCCUUCCAGACUGCUCUCCUGCUCCAACACAUAUAACUAGCGUGCUCCCCCCCCCUCCCUAGUAAAUUAUGUAAAAAAAAAAAUGUUUGUUCUGUGUUCAAGUUAUAAAAGAUAGUAGAAAUCUCGAACAUGUUCUCACAUAUUUAUUUUUGACGAGACUAUUCAUUUGAUAAAAUUAAUAAAACAAAUAAAAUUA